AUGAGUAAAGUAUUUUUAGUAACUGGUGGUAAUAAAGGGAUUGGCUAUGCAAUCGUACGAAAUCUUGCUCUGAACUAUGCCAACUCAUCUCCAUCUCAGCCUCUUACAAUUUUGUUGACGGCACGUAAUCCAACACUAGGACAAAAUUCAGCAGAUAAAUUGCGUGACGAAUUGAAGCCUAAUAUUUUAGUAGAUGAUGGUGGAAAUGUAGACUUGAAAUUUUUGAAAUUGGAUUUAGUCGAUGAACAAAGCAUUAAGGAUGUUAAAGAAGUUAUUGAGAAGGAUUACGGAGGACUUGAUGUUUUAAUUAAUAAUGCGGCUAUUGCAUUCAAGGGAAAUGCAUUUGAUGUUAAUGUUGUUCGCACAACGUUUGCCACCAAUUUUUAUGGUACACUUAACGUAUGCAAUAUUCUAUAUCCGCUUAUUCGACCAAAUGGUCGUAUUAUUAACAUUUCAAGUAGAGCUGGAAGAUCAAGUAAUUUAAGUAGUACUUUGAAACAAGAAUUUUCUAAAGAAGAUCUAGAUAUAGAGGGGUUAACAAAGUUGCUUAAGAGAUUUGAGGAUGCCGUAGAGAGAGAUAAAUAUUUAGAGGAAGGAUGGCCCCGUCAAGCUUAUGGGGUGUCCAAAAUUGGAGUAACAACAAUGUCAAGAAUUUUGGGUCGUCGCGCUGAUAAGGAAGGUAAUAAUAUUAAAGUAUUUGCAUGUUGUCCUGGUUGGGUUAAAACAGAUAUGGCUGGUGAUAAGGCAUCACUCACUCCUGAUCAAGGUGCAGAAACACCGGUAUUUCUUUCUCUCGAUGAAACAGUUGUCCCUAAAAGUCCAAACGGAACUUUUUGGUUUGAUAAGCAAAUCGGUGCAUGGUAA